CCCAGCCAUUAUCAUGUUGGUAUCUUCCCAUGUCAAAGUUGACGUGCUUUACUGUCAUGUCUUUGUUGCUUCAAUGCUAGCAAGUCCAGCGCGAAAGUGAUUGAGCACAGUCGUUUUUAAGAAAGAAAUAACAAAUUCAACUAUUUCUGUAAUAGUAAAUCCAAGAUGGAAGAAAAGCUGUAUGGAUCAGUGCCUGUCCCCUCGGAAUAUCUUCAACAGUGGAUUCAGUCAGCUCAACAGCUUCAGGCUCUGCAGGGCCAGUAUCCGGGCAUCAACCAUCACCACAGUCCUCACCCUCACUACACAGAGGAACCAAGAGAAGAGAGAGUAAUGGCACAUGCACAUAUGGCUGUCAAUGAUGAGCUCAUGGCUCAGCAAGAACCUGCCAACUUAGCGAAAGCUCCAGCGAAAAAGCGAGGGAGAACAGCACAACCAAAGGAACCCAAGCCACCCAAAAUGCCCAAGCCCCCCAAGGCCAAACCGGGCCCCAAGCCCAAGAAAGGCAAGGAGGGUCAAGAGGCUGACGGCAUGCAGGAGAAGAUGGACGAGACCGUCCAGAAGGUCAGGAAGAAACGAGACCGAUUCAAGGGCAUGACGGAAGAUGAGGUCAUGAGCAGAACUCUGACUGACAUCCUUGACGACAACUUGGACUAUGUCAUUAUUGGAAUCAACCCAGGUCUGGUGGCAGCCUAUGUUGGACGAUGGUUCCCUGGCCCUGGAAACCAUUUCUGGAAGUGCCUGUUCUUGUCUGGAUUCACUGAUGAGCAGCUCAACCACAUGAGUGACACCAGCCUGCCAGCGAAAUAUAAGAUCGGUUUCACCAACAUGGUGGCAAGGACAACGCCUGGAAGCAAAGACCUUUCAACCAAAGAGCUACGUGAGGGUGCCUUAAUUCUUGUGGAAAAGCUGAAGAAGUACAAGCCUCUCAUAGCUGUUUUCAAUGGAAAAUGUAUCUAUGAAAUGUUCUGCAGAGAGAUGUUUGGAAAAAAGCCCAAGAAACUUGACUUUGGUCUGCAGCCACACAAGAUACCUGACUGUGAAGUGGCGUUGUAUUUGAUGCCGUCGUCCAGUGCCCGCUGUGCCCAGUUCCCCCGUGCCCAGGACAAAGUGCACUUCUACAUCAAGCUGAGGGAAUUAAGGGACCAGCUCAGGGGCGUGGCCAGAACGGACGACAUUCAGGAGUUGGAGUACACCUUUGACCUGGGAUUGGCCAAGGAGGACGCCAAGAGGAUGGCGAUUAAAGAGGAGGCGUACGACCCGGGCUACGAGGCGGCCUUUGGCGGCGCAUAUGGCGAGGGUGGACCGGGGCCUGAGGAGGGCCAGAGCAACGGCAACGGGCACUGUAACUUCUCGUCGGCGGAAAACACAGUUUCAGACGCUGUCGAGAAGGCAGACACUUCUCAACUUCCUGCCGCCACCGCCGCUGCCACAGAGGGACAACUCCCGGACGGACAGUGGAUGAUGCAGUCUUUUGCUGAUCAGAUUCCAGACAUUGGUGGCUCUAAAGAGCCUCAGGCAUGGGCGGGCAAUGUAUAAGGAAGGGGAUAGGGCUACUAACUAGCCCUAUCUGGACGUACAGAGACCUCAACCCACACAUCCUUAAUCCCCUCCUUCAACAAGACACUGCACCUCAGUUUGAAGACUCAAAUUGUAGCCUUUUAAUUUUUUUGUCAAGUUGUAUUAGCCAUUUUAGGGAUUUACACGUUUAACUACUUGAUAGAUAGAAUUUUCUAAAUUGAUAAUUGAGGAUUUUUUUUGAGUUCAAAUAUUUUAUCCUGUUUUGUCAUAUCAUGUGUGUUUUGAUUGGCGGUCUUUUUAAAUAUGUGAAAUCAGGGACUUGACAAUGAUUCUUGAUUGUCUUUGUAGAUUGUCACGUAUUUAAACCUUUUGCUUAUUUUGUUGUCAUACUGUACUUGGCCACAUGAUGGCGCAGUAGGUGUAAGCAAAGCGGGACACUGUUCUGAUAUUACAAAUGGCCCCUAAAUCAGACUUUUACACAUGAACAGUCAAUCCCAAAAUGAACCUGUGGCAAAACACACACACUGUAUGCAACUGGAAGUCAUGCAUUGUGAAGUUUAGGAUUAGAGAACAGGUACUGAGUGAUAUGUGAACAAACUAAACAUGGUCAAAAAGUGAUUCCACAGAGAGAUGUUUUAGCAAUUUCUUCACAAGCCUUUUAUAGUGGAUUUACAUUACUGAAGGUGGGUGCUGUUCUCUUGUUGCUUUAUGAUCUGUAUAUUAUUUUUAGUAUGUUUCUGAACAUUUUUCUUCAUUAAAGCUUAAAAACGUUACUUACA